UCGUACCACCACCACUUGAGUUUCGGAGACAAGCGCACCUGGAGCACCACAGAGCUGCGCCACGUUAAAUGUGACCUCGUAUCAUCAUGUAUGUUGCCGCUCAGUACUGCUCUGCUGCUAAACACCAGGACCCUCCUCUCCACCUCUCUCUUUCUAGUUUCCAGUGAGCAGGCGCACGCGCACGUGGAGCGGCCAUGGCGACCGCGGCAACUGCCGGCGCGGAGGGGCGUCACGCCGUGUUCUUCCCUUUCCCGGCGCAGGGCCAUGUGAAGGCGGCGCUCGGCCUGGCCCAGCUCCUCCACCGUUGCCAUGGCUUCCAGGUCACCUUCGUCCACACCGCCGAGCACAACCGCCGCCGCCUCCUCCGCUCGUGCGGCCUCGGCGCGCUCGCGGGGGUCUCCGGGUUCCGCUUCGCCGCCGUCCCGGACGGCCUGCCCCCGUUCGAGGUGGACGCGUCGCAGGACAUGGGCGCCCUGCUGUCCACCACGGAGGCCCUGGUCCCACACUUGAGGAGCCUCGUUGCCGGCCUGCUCCCGCCCGUGUCCUGCGUCAUCUCCGACGUCGAGCACGUCCUGUAUGGGUCGAGGGAGAUGGGUACCCCCUGCGUCACCUUCUUCACGACCAGCGCGUUCGCCUUCAUGGCGUCCCAGCAGUUGCAGCGGCUCGUGGAUAUAGGCAUUGUCCUAAACGCAACGGCGUGCCACAGGACCACUCCGUCCGCCAUCAUCUUCCACACCUUCGACGACAUCGACCGCGAGGCCAUGGCGGCCAUGUCCACCAUCCUGCCACCCACCUACGCCGUCGGGCCGUUGCCGCUCCUCCUCGGCCAUGUCUCUAGCGGCGUGGCUGACACGCUGGAAUCCAACUUGUCCAAGGAGAACAACGCGGUGCUCCGGCACGAGGCGAUGGGCGCGUUCCUGACGCACUGCGGGUGGAACUCGGUCCUGGAGAGCCUCAGCGCCGGGGUGCCGAUGCUGUGCUGGCCCUUCGGCGCCGAUCAGUACACGAAUGCAAGGUACGUCUGCUCCGAGUGGCGCGCCGGCAUGGAGAUCGGCGGCGAUGUCGAAAGGGAUGAGGUGGAGGCGGCCGUCCGGGAGGUGAUGGGAGGAGGGGGCAAGGGAGAAGAGAUGAAGAGAAUGGCCAUGGAAUGGAAGGAGAAGGCUGCCAUGGCUGCACUGCCAGGUGGGCCAUCUUGGGUAAAUCUGAAGAAGGUGGUCAAUGAGGUGCUUAGUGUGGCUCCUGCGAGGAAUAUGGAUGUGGAAUUAUGA